AUGUCGGUUCCUCGCGCGCGCUUGCUCGACCUGAUGAGGGCUCGAUGCGAGCUCUUCGCGACCACCUUCAACCCCGAGGGCAUUCGGACGGGCAACAAGGUCCUGCGACAGCGACUCAAGGGCCCCGCGCUUGCCUCGUACUACCCACGCAAGGUCAUGACCUUCCGCGACUUCCAGAAAGAGUUUGAACCGCUGGAGCUAGAGAUCGAGAACGAGGAAGAGCUCGACCGCCUUGAGCACAUCGCAGCUUUGAAAGCUCGCGGGAAGGGGGCACCGAAGAAGAAGAGGGAAGCCAACACCAAGAAGAAAUAA